CUCUUCCAACACCCGGAAUCAGUUUACCAUUGACCUCCAAGCCUCUCGACUGGUUGUAUUUGGAAACCUGUCACAAGGGAGGCUUAUGUGUCACAGGGACGUCUUUUCUCUGCAGAAGUUAAAACUUCUCUAGGCGUCGCAUGUGUUAUGUGCUCGGCUACCGGCUCAUUCCUCAUUUUCUUUCCUGAGAUUUUGAAACGCAUCUGCAGUUUUUAGUGCACGCACGAUACCUCUGUUGCGCGUUUCUUGCCGUGGACCUAUUCUCUUCAGUUACCCUUCUCGACACUACAUCUGUCAGCAUGCCUGCUGCUAAUAUCACGCCCGGAAUUCACGAAGGUUGCAGAGAACAGCAUGCGUCCAAGGCAUCAAGUGCUCCAAGAGAGGCAACGGUCGGGAGGAGUCCGUUGCCGCUGACGUCGCUGAACCACGUAUCGAUUCACUGCAGAAAUGUGGAGCAGUCCGUCAACUUCUACUGCGACGUCAUGGGUUUCGUGCCCGUGCGCCGCCCUGACUGCCUCAACUUCGACGGCGCUUGGUUGUUUAAUCAUGGGAUUGGAAUUCAUCUGCUGGGGCAGAGUGACGACCCGCUAGCACCGCAAUUGCGAGUUCCAGAGGAGAUCAACCCCAAAUCGGACCACUUCUCCUUCCAGUGCGACGACAUCGAGGAGGUGGAGCGGGGCCUGCAGGAGCGUGAUAUCUCAUACCUACGGCAGUGCGUGGAGGAGGCGGGCAUUAUGGUGGAGCAGCUUUUUUUCCACGACCCCGACGGCCACAUGAUCGAGGUCUGCAACUGCGAUCUGCUCCCCGUCGUGCCGCUCUCGCCUGAUCCCAACAUGACUCUCGCUCUGCCAGCGUGCAUGCGACGUAAGCCGCAGGCCUACGGGCGCCAGCAGGUGCAGGAGGGGCAGCAGGGGAGCAGCAGCCAGUACAGUGAUGAGAGUGGCAGUGAGAGUGGGAGUGAGAAGGGAAAGGAGGGUAGGGAAGUGAGUGAGGGGUGUGGGGUAGAGGAGUUUUCCAACAUAGUAGAUGGUGUGGAGGAGCAGGCAGGAGGUUGAGGCCGGAGGCUGCACAAGGGAACUUCCUUACAAUGUUGGUCAACAUCAUGCUUUGUGCAUUGCAUUAAUUGCGUAUUGACUUCAAUAUUGUAUAUCUUUUAUAUAAUUGAUGCAUCCAU